GACCCAAUGUGAAUCCAGCAAGUGUUCGCAAAUCAACACUGUCGGACCCUGGUAUAGAUAGAUGUUUUUUAAUCAGAAUAUGAUGGAGGGCGAGGUGAUAAACGAAAAAAUCUAUGUUAGUGUUGGAAUUCAGACCGAGACUCAGGAAGAGGAUCAAAUUGCCAUGGAUGUAGUCGCAAUGUGGCACAUUAUAGAGACGGGAAUGGGACUGAAAGUUCCCGUAUACUUAAAAAAUAUCAUGCGUCUUGAAGGGUAUGACACAACCAUCGCCAUACAGAAGAUAUCGGCAGAUAAUAUUGAAGAGCUGGAGCUCUUUGGUAGAAAAGAAAUGCACAAGUUCAUAAAAAAGGGCGAGAAAUACAGCGACUAUUUCGACAAAUAUUAUAUUUGCCCUAGUGAGUUCCGCAUUCCAAUCGGACAUAAGAUACUACUCAGUGAAAUACAGAAAUUCGUUACUAACAAGCUCUCUUCGGAUAAAAUGUAUUUCACGCCUGAGUUAAGACUUGAAAAAUCUAACUGUCAACCCCGAAAAUUAACAAAAAGCAUGAAUUUCACUAUGAAUCAAAAGCGAAAAAACUGUGCAAGUCAAACAGCAAGUAAACUUCAAAAUGAAGACUUCUCGCCGAGUUCCUCGCAGCAUACCAAUAGUGGAUCAAAUCCAGACACUCUCGUUGACAUUAAUUUGAACGCUGAGCAUGACAGUCUUUAUGGCUUAGUAAUGGCAUGGUUGAAAAACCAAAAUAAACGAAAAAACUGUGCAAGUCAAACAGCAAGUAAACUUCAAAAUGAAGACUUCUCGCCGAAUUCCUCGCAGCAUACCAAUAGUGGAUCAAAUCCAGACACUCUCGUUGACAUUAAUUUGAACGCUGAGCAUGACAGUCUUUAUGGCUUAGUAAUGGCAUGGUUGAAAAACCAAAUAAAGUAUACAUUACUGGUAAAUAAGCAAGUCGAGAAGCAUGUUGUCGAGAACUUUUCGCCUGCUUCUGUGGAAAUAAAUAUCAUUGAAGAAAGAAUAAAUGAUAGUUCGGAGAGCUCUAACUAUGCUGCUAAGAUCGAGGCUAAUAUUAUUUGCCCCAUAUGUCAGAAAAAGACAAAAGCCCAUAAACUCGAAUAUGGGAAACAAGGAAAAAUGAGAUGGGUAAAAUCAAAUUUUGAGAGGCACCUCAAAUCUCAUUUUUCCAAUGCGGGCAGUCCUUGCGGGCGUGAUACACGGGUAUACAGCAAUAACCAUCCCGUUGGAAAAAUAAAACAAGUGCCUCUUGAGAACUUCUUUUUGCAGUCCCCCUCAGAAAAUCAGCUUGAGGACGAUGAACCGACGAAUGCUAUGGAUUCUGCAAAAAACGGCAUCUCGGAGGACAUCACUGAAACAGCGAGUUCGGGGGAAUAA